AUGAAGAAAUGUGCUCCUUUCGAAUGGGAUCAAGCUUGUGCCAACGCCUUUGAGAGCAUCAAAUCUUACUCGAUGAAACCUCCAGUUCUAGCGGAUCCUGUUACUGGAAAGCCAUUGAUAUUAUACAUAUCGGCACAAGAAAGGUCAGUUGGAGCACUCUUAGCCCAAGAGAAUAGCGAAGGGAAUGAAAAUGCUCUUUACUACUUGAGUAGGAUGAUGACGCCAAAUGAGUUGAAGUAUUCGCCGAUUGAAAAGUUGUGUCUGGCUUUAGUCUUCUCGAUUCAGAAGAUGAAACACUACUUUCAAGCUCAUGUAGUUCGUCUUAUUUCCAAAGCGAACCCCAUCAAAUUUGUGAUGUCGAAACCUGUCCUUAGUGACCGACUAGCAAGGUGGUAUCUCCAAUUUCAACAAUUUGAGAUUGUGUACGUUCCUCAAAAGGCUGUGAAAGGGAAAGCAUUAGCGGACUUUUUAGCAGACCAUCCGAUACCCGAUGACUGGGAACUGACUGAUGAACUACCCGAUGAGGAAACGAUGGUCAUUGAAAUUCAACAGCCUUGGAAGAUGUAUUUUGAUGGUGCUGCCCAUCGCGAAGGAGCUGGAACUGAUGUGAUAUUUGUCACUUCUCAAGAGGAGUUACAACUACAAGUCUUUGGAGAUUCUGAAUUGGUAAUCAAUCAAUUGUUGGGCACCUACGAGGUUAAAAUGCCAGAAUUGCUUCCCUAUCAUCACUAUGCACAAAAAUUAAUUGGGUGGCUCGUCAACGUAACUCUCCAGCACGUGCCAAGAAACGGAAAUAAGAAGGCUGACGCUUUGGCUUCAACAUUGACUUUGCCUGACCAAGCGCAAAUCACUAUCUGCCAGAAAUGGAUAGUACUGCCGGAGGACGAUGAGGAUGAAGAAAGCAAACUCGAGCUUUUUGUGGCCAUUUCUGAAGCUGAGAAAGUCGAUUGGUGA